AUGGAAACAGAAAAAUUGGACAGUGAAGAACCUAAAAAAAACCCUGACUUGGACAUCUCGCAACUGAAAUUCUCGCUGACCCUACAAGAGACGGACGAAGAGAAAAAGGAACUAGAAAAGGCGCUGUUCGACAACGACAUGGCCCCCUAUUACGAAAUCGUUUGCGACGACCUCGGAUGGAAGGUCGACGCGGACAUUUUGAAAGAAAUGAAAGAGAAAAACACAAAGGCGCUAGAAGAAUUCGACAAAGAGAUCGAGUACGCGGCGAGCAAUUCGAGUUCGAUUGAAGUGAAAGAGGCCUAUCUGAAUAAAGCUAAUUAUCUCAGGUAA